AUGAAGGUAAGGCAUGGGAACACUCUGUAUCCCUGAGACGCUCAGUGCUCAGGCUCACCUUACACUAAGGGCUUUAUUAACUAAACCGGGAACUAGGGGGAAUUCACAUGGAAAUGGAAGACAAAGGCUAAAAAAAAAAGACAAAUUGGAAACAUUCUUCAUCACAGCUGUUUAUGCAGCUCACUUAUUUUUGGCCUACAAUGUGAGAUUCGUUUAUCGAGUCUGCAGUUUCAGGAUAAACGAUGGGGUCUAUCGUCUCUGCAAAGUGAGGUCCCAUUCUGGGGGUCAGUUGAGACUGGAAACGUUUUAGAGGAGCGUAGUUGUGGUCCUCACAUAGACCAAGCCCAGAGUUUCUGCUUUAUUGGGGUCAAUGUAAGUUAUAUAAAGUAUAAUUCAUACUGUGUCAGAAGGUUACAUGGUUCAUUAAUUCCAUUAACCCAUCGAUUGCCAAGUAUUCGAAAUACGUUGAAUACACUGCUUAGUCUUCUAACAGUAACAAUUAGUAUUUUAUUUUUAUAUAUUUAUCUCAAUUCAGCUCUAUAUGGGGGUUAUAUAUGGUCUCUAUAUAAGUAAACUACAUAUAUGUUCUCUAUAUAAGGUACAUAUAUGGUCUGUAUAUAUAUAUAUAUAUAUAUAUAUAUAUAUAUAUAUAUAUGGGUGCUACAUAUAUAUGGUCUCUAUAUAAGGAGCUACAGAGAUAGGGUCUCUAUAUAAGGGAGCUAUACAUAUAUGUUCUAUGUAUAAGGGGUAAUACAUAUAUGGUCCUUAUAUAAGGGGACUAUACAUAUAUGUUCUAUGUAUAAGGGGGUAAUACAUAUAUGGUCCUUAUAUAAGGAGGCUAUACAUAUAUGGUCUCUAUAUAAGAAGGCUAUGCAUACAUGGUCACGCUAUAUAUAUAUAUAUAUAAUAUGUUUAUAUUUCAUGCAUUGCAGGCUCCGGGAGUCUUCCUGCUAUUCAAUGUCCUGCUGCUCAUAAAUGUAUGUAGCGCAGCUAAAAGAGACACAGAGAAUGGUAAGUGUGACCCUAAUUCUGUCUGUGGGACCCCACGCAUUGAACAGACCGCCCUCUAGAAAAGAACACACACACACCAACACACUACACUGUUACCCAUUACACUAACACACGUACACACUGUCACCCAUUACACUAUCACAGCUACACACUGUCACCCGUUACACUGUCACAGCUACACACACUGUCACCCAUUACACUGUCACAGCUACACACACUGACUCCCAUUACACUAUCACAGCUACACACACUGACACCCAUUACACUGUCACAGCUACACACACUGUCACCCAUUACACUAUCACAGCUACACACACUGACACCCAUUACACUAUCACAGCUACACACACUGACACCCAUUACACUAUCACAGCUACACACACUACCACACAUUACACUAACACAGCUAUACACUGUCACUCAUUACACUGUCACAGCUACACACAUUCACAGACCCCUAUAACUUUUAAACAAUGGAUACAAAGUAUAUUAAAGAAAUGCCUGUUUUUCCAUCACAUUCAGAGUAAUCUGAUAUUAACAUGACUCAAUGAUUUGAACAUCUGUUCUGGAAUCAGCACUGUAUCCAGCCAAAUGACUGCACAAUCAGAACGUUGAAUGGCAAAUACAAAUUUAAAUAAAAACACAAAACACCAUUGAUCCAGUGAAAAGAGGUGAAAUCUGAUGGAUGCUACAAAUAUUAAACAUUAACCUGAAAUGGCUCCUGCUGACUGCAGCCUUACUCUAUUGUGUCUUUUUUUAUUGUAUUUAUUGUAUUUAAAUGUUUCUAUCAUAUCUACCACACCAUCACUAACCAAACUACCACACCAAUGACUACCAAACUACCACACCAUCACUACCUCUAGCUCCCCAAUGACCUAUAACACAUCGCUAUCUCCAGCACCCCACUGACCUAUAACACAUCGCUAUCUCCAGCACCCCACUGACCUAUAACACAUCACUACCUCUAGCUCCCCACUGACCUAUAACACAUCACUACCUCUAGCUCCCCACUGACCUAUAACACAUCGCUACCUCUAGCACCCCACUGACCUAUAACACAUCGCUAUCUCCAGCACCCCACUGACCUAUAACACAUCACUACCUCUAGCUCCCCACUGACCUAUAACACAUCACUACCUCUAGCUCCCCACUGACCUAUAACACAUCGCUACCUCUAGCACCCCACUGACCUAUAACACAUCGCUAUCUCCAGCACCCCACUGACCUAUAACACAUCACUACCUCUAGCUCCCCACUGACCUAUAACACAUCACUACCUCUAGCUCCCCACUGACCUAUAACACAUCGCUACCUCUAGCACCCCACUGACCUAUAACACAUCGCUAUCUCCAGCACCCCACUGACCUAUAACACAUCACUACCUCUAGCUCCCCACUGACCUAUAACACAUCACUACCUCUAGCUCCCCACUGACCUAUAACACAUCACUACCUCUAGCUCCCCACUGACCUAUAACACAUCACUACCUCUAGCUCCCCACUGACCUAUAACACAUCACUACCUCUAGCACCCCACUGACCUAUAACACAUCACUACCUCUAGCACCCCACUGACCUAUAACACAUCACUACCUCUAGCACCCCACUGACCUAUAACACAUCACUACCUCUAGCUCCCCACUGACCUAUAACACAUCGCUACCUCUAGCACCCCACUGACCUAUAACACAUCGCUAUCUCCAGCACCCCACUGACCUAUAACACAUCACUACCUCUAGCUCCCCACUGACCUAUAACACAUCACUACCUCUAGCUCCCCACUGACCUAUAACACAUCGCUACCUCUAGCACCCCACUGACCUAUAACACAUCGCUAUCUCCAGCACCCCACUGACCUAUAACACAUCACUACCUCUAGCUCCCCACUGACCUAUAACACAUCACUACCUCUAGCACCCCACUGACCUAUAACACAUCGCUAUCUCCAGCACCCCACUGACCAAUAACACAUCGCUAUCUCCAGCACCCCACUGACCUAUAACACAUCACUACCUCUAGCACCCCACUGACCUAUAACACAUCACUAUCUCCAGCACACCACUGACCUAUAACACAUCGCUAUCUCCAGCACACCACUGACCUAUAACAAAUCACUACCUAGCACCCCACUGACCUAUAACACAUCACUACCUAGUACCCCACUGACCUAUAACAAAUCACUACCUAGCACCCACUGACCUAUAACAAAACACUACCUCUAGCACCCCAUUGACCUAUAACACAUCACUACCUCUAGCACCCUACUUACCUAUAACACAUCACUACCUCUAGCACCCCACUGACCUAUAACAAAACACUACCUCUAGCACCCCACUGACCUAUAACACAUCACUACCUCUAGCACCCCACUGACCUAUAACAAAACAUUACCUCUAGCAACCCACUGACCUAUAACACAUCACUACCACCCCACUGACCUAUAACAAAUCACUACCUAGCACCCACCGACCUAUAACAAAACACUACCUCUAGCACCCCAUUGACCUAUAACACAUCACUACCUCUAGCACCCUACUGACCUAUAACACAUCACUACCUCUAGCACCCCACUGACCUAUAACAAAACACUACCUCUAGCACCCCACUGACCUAUAACACAUCACUACCUCUAGCACCCCACUGACCUAAAACAAAACACUACCUCUAGCAACCCACUGACCUAUAACACAUCACUACCACCCCACUGACCUAUAACACAUCACUACCUCUAGCAACCCACUGACCUAUAAUACAUCACUACCUCUAGCACCCCACUGACCUAUAAUACAUAACUACCACCCCACUGACCUAUAAUACAUAACUACCACCCCACUGACCUAUAACACAUCACUACCUCUAGCUCCCCACUGACCUAUAACAAAUCACUACCUCUAGCUCCCCACUGACCUAUAACACAUCACUACCUCCAGCAACCCACUGACCUAUAACACAUAACUACCUCUAGCACCCCACUGACCUAUAACACAUCACUACCUAGCACCCCACUGACCUAUAACAAAACACUACCUCUAGCACCCCACUGACCUAUAACAAAUCACUACCUCUAGCAACCCACUGACCUAUAACACAUGACUACCUCUAGCACCCCACUGACCUAUAACACAUCACUACCUCUAGCACCCCAUUGACCUAUAACACAUCACUACCUCUAGCACCCCAUUGACCUAUAACACAUCACUACCUCUAGCACCCCAUUGACCUAUAACACAUCACUACCUUUAUAGCAUUGCACUAACCUUGAUCACCCCAUUAGCCUAUAUCAUACCACUAACCUCUAUCACCCCACUAACCUAUAGCAUACUACUAACCUUUAUCACCUUACUGAGCUAUACCAUCCUGCUAACUUAUAACUUAUCACACACCUCACUCAUCCUGGCCUGGAGAUCAAUAUUGGCCUUUACAUUUCACUGAUCAAUAAUCUAUGAGUCACCAUGUUGGCAAUAUUGAGUAAUGCCACAAACAGAAUGUUUUAGUAGCAGGGAUGGCAUUCAAUGUACUAAGGCUCCCCGACACCCUAAACCUGUGGCUCUUUUUACCCAGAUACAGACGGCGAAAUGUACCCCGCUGAUUGUGAUGAAUGGUACGCCAUGGGAUCAGAGGCCAGUGGGGUGCACGUCAUAUAUCCUGCAGGACCACAGAGUGCUGUCCCCGUGUAUUGUGACAUGACUACUGAUGAAGGGAAAUGGACAGUGAGUACACUGAAUGCAUGUACAGCACAAAACACACUGAGUGAACCUUCUUUAUGUACAGUACAAAGUACACAGGGUGCCCACAUGUCCCAGAUCGCCCGCAUUUUGAGAGUCUGUCCCGGGCACCCUCAUUCCAGGAUAAUGUAGUGUCCGGACCUGGAACGAGCUGUGCUGCACCGCAAAUAUAAAUUUGAUGAAAAGCACUCGUGAAAGUAAGUGUCCCUGAAUGUCGGUUAGGAAAGGCGGUCACCCUAAGAGUACAUGGAGUGAGCCUUUAGAAUACACAGUACAGAGUACAUGGAGUGAGCCUUUAGUGUACACAGCACAGAGUACAUGGAGUGAGCCUACAGUGUAUACAGCACAGAGUACAUGGAGUGAGCCUUUAGAAUACACAGUACAGAGUACAUGGAGUGAGCCUUCAGUGUAUACAGCACAGAGUACAUGGAGUGAGCCUUUAGAAUACACAGUACAGAGUACACUGAGAGAUGCCUUCACCAUGUUCUCCACAGACAUUGAGUUAGUCUUCAGCGUGUACAGCACAGAGCACACUAAAAUCAUGAUUUAAUAAGCUUUCCAAAUGAUUCAAUACUGUUAUAAAACGUUCUAAAUGAUUUAUACAGAACGUUCUACAGAAGUCACCUAUAAAUUCUAUGGGAAUUUCUGUAGAUAAAUCAUUUGGAGAGUUUUUAUAAUAGUAUUGAAAGCUUAUUAAAUCAAGGCCUUUGGUAAGUACAGACUUAGUGAGCCAUCAGUGUGUACAGCACAGAGGACACUAAGUGAGCUUUUACUGUAUACAGCAUAGAGUACACAGAGUGAGCCUCGAGCUUUAUGUAUAGCGUAGAGUACACUAAUAGUAUCUUCAGUGUGUACAGUACAGAGUACACUAAUCAGGCUUUUGAAAUGUAGAGCACAGAGUACACUCAUUGUACCUUCAGCAUGAACCGAACAGGUUAAACGGAUGGCACCUUCAGUGUUUAGCACAGAGAACACUUACUGUACCAUCAGCAUGUACAGCACAGAGUACACCUAUUACAUCUUCCUGCUUUAUUCUACCUCUAGGUGAUCCAGAAGAGGUUUAACGGCUCCCUGGCGUUUUUCCGCGGCUGGACGGAUUAUAAACUGGGCUUUGGCCGGGCUGAUGGGGAGUACUGGCUUGGUAAGUGAUCUGUCACUGUUUCGAGUUCUGAGCAGUUACAGCCUGUCAGUCAGUAACCAGGUGUAAGCUGUCAGUCAGUAACCAGGUGCACGCUGUCAGUCAGUAACCAGGUGCAUGCUGUCAGUCAGUAACCAGGUGCAUGCUGUCAGUCAGUAACCAGGUGCACGCUGUCAGUCAGUAACCAGGUGCACGCUGUCAGUCAGUAACCAGGUGCACGCUGUCAGUCAGUAACCAGGUGCACGCUGUCAGUCAGUAACCAGGUGUACGCUGUCAGUCAGUAACCAGGUGUAUGUUGUCAGUCCGUAACCAGGUGCACGCUUUCAGUCCGUAACCAGGUGCACGCUUUCAGUCAGUAACCAGGUGCACGCUGUCAGUCAGUAACCAGGUGUACGCUGUCAGUCAGUAACCAGGUGCACGCUGUCAGUCAGUAACCAGGUGCACGCUGUCAGUCAGUAACCAGGUGCAUGCUGUCAGUCAGUAACCAGGUGCAUGUUGUCAGUCAGUAACCAGGUGCACGCUGUCAGUCAGUAACCAGGUGUAUGUUGUCAGUCAGUAACCAGGUGCAUGUUGUCAGUCAGUAACCAGGUGCAUGCUGUCAGUCAGUAACCAGGUGCACGCUGUCAGUCAGUAACCAGGUGCAUGCUGUCAGUCAGUAACCAGGUGUAUGUUGUCAGUCAGUAACCAGGUGCACGCUGUCAGUCAGUAACCAGUUGCAUGCUGUCAGUCAGUAACCAGGUGUAUGCCAGCCAGUGCAAACUGUGCACGCGUCGUAGUAACCAGGUGCACGCUGUCAGUCAGUAACCAGGUGCACGCCUGUCAGUCAGUAACCAGGCGUAUGUUGUCAGUCCGUAACCAGGUGCACGCUUUCAGUCAGUAACCAGGCGCCGCCGCCAGUCAGUAACCAGGUGCACGCCGUCAGUCAGUAACCAGGUGUACGCUUUGUCAGUCAGUAACCAGGCGGGCGUUGUCAGUCCAGAACCAGGUGCACGCUUUCAGUCCGGUGAAAUUCAGGUGCACGCCGCGUCAGUAACCAGGUACGCCGGUCAAACCAGGUGCACGCUGUCAGUCAGUAACCAGGUGUAUGUUGUCAGUCAGUAACCAGGUGCAUGUUGUCAGUCAGUAACCAGGUGCAUGCUGUCAGUCAGUAACCAGGUGCACGCUGUCAGUCAGUAACCAGGUGCAUGCUGUCAGUCAGUAACCAGGUGUAUGUUGUCAGUCAGUAACCAGGUGCACGCUGUCAGUCAGUAACCAGUUGCAUGCUGUCAGUCAGUAACCAGGUGUACGCUGUCAGUCAGUAACCAGGUGCAUGCUGUCAGUCAGUAACCAGGUGCAUGCUGUCAGUCAGUAACCAGGUGCACGCUGUCAGUCAGUAACCAGGUGCACGCUGUCAGUCAGUAACCAGGUGUACGUUGUCAGUCAGUAACCAGGUGCACGCUGUCAGUCAGUAACCAGGUGCAUGCUGUCAGUCAGUAACCAGGUGCACGCUGUCAGUCAGUAACCAGGUGCAUGCUAUCAGUCAGUCAGUCAGUCAGUAACCAGGUGCACGCUGUCAGUCAGUAACCAGGUGUAUGUUGUCAGUCAGUAACCAGGUGCAUGCUGUCAGUCAGUAACCAGGUGUACGCUGUCAGUCAGUAACCAGGUGUACGUUGUCAGUCAGUAACCAGGUGCACGCUGUCAGUCAGUAACCAGGUGCACGCUGUCAGUCAGUAACCAGGUGCAUGCUGUCAGUCAGUAACCAGGUGCACGCUGUCAGUCAGUAACCAGGUGCACGCUGUCAGUCAGUAACCAGGUGCAUGCUGUCAGUCAGUAACCAGGUGCAUGCUGUCAGUCAGUAACCAGGUGCACGCUGUCAGUCAGUAACCAGGUGCAGUCAGUAACCAGGUGCAUGUUGUCAGUCAGUAACCAGGUGCAUGCUGUCAGUCAGUAACCAGGUGCAGUCAGUAACCAGGAGCACGCUGUCAGUCAGUAACCAGGUGCAUGCUGUCAGUCAGUAACCAGGUGUAUGUUGUCAGUCAGUAACCAGGUGCACGCUGUCAGUCAGUAACCAGUUGCAUGCUGUCAGUCAGUAACCAGGUGUACGCUGUCAGUCAGUAACCAGGUGCAUGCUGUCAAUCAGUAACCAGGUGCAUGCUGUCAGUCAGUAACCAGGUGCACGCUGUCAGUCAGUAACCAGGUGCACGCUGUCAGUCAGUAACCAGGUGCACGUCAGUGUCCAGGUGCACGCUGUCAGUCAGUAACCAGGUGCACGCUGUCAGUCAGUAACCAGGUGUGCUGUCAGUCAGUAACCAGGUGCACGCUGUCAGUCAGUAACCAGGUGUAUGCUGUCAGUCAGUAACCAGGUGCAUGCUGUCAGUCAGUAACCAGGUGCAUGCUGUCAGUCAGUAACCAGGUGCACGCUGUCAGUCAGUAACCAGGUGUACAUGUCUGUCCAGUCAGUAACCAGGUGUAUGUUGUCAGUCAGUAACCAGGUGCACGCUGUCAGUCAGUAACCAGUUGCAUGCUGUCAGUCAGUAACCAGGUGUCAGUCAGUAACCAGGUGCAUGCUGUCAGUCAGUAACCAGGUGCAUGUGUCAGUCAGUAACCAGGUGCACGCUGUCAGUCAGUAACCAGGUGCAUGCUGUCAGUCAGUAACCAGGUGCAUGCUGCUGUCAGUCAGUAACCAGGUGCACGCUGUCAGUCAGUAACCAGGUGCAUGCUGUCAGUCAGUAACCAGGUGCAUGCUGUCAGUCAGUAACCAGGUGCAUGCUGUCAGUCAGUAACCAGGUGCAUGUCAGUCAGUAACCAGGUGCACGCUGUCAGUCAGUAACCAGGUGCAUGCUGUCAGUCAGUAACCAGGUGCAUGCUGUCAGUCAGUAACCAGGUGCACGCUGUCAGUCAGUAACCAGGUGCACGCUGUCAGUCAGUAACCAGGUGCACGCUGUCAGUCAGUAACCAGGUGCACGCUGUCAGUCAGUAACCAGGUGUACGCUGUCAGUCAGUAACCAGGUGUAUGUUGUCAGUCAGUGCAAAACCAGGUGCAAGUCCCAGGUGCACGCUGUCAGUCAGUAACCAGGUGUACGCUGUCAGUCAGUAACCAGGUGCACGCUGUCAGUCAGUAACCAGGUGCACGCUGUCAGUCAGUAACCAGGUGCAUGCUGUCAGUCAGUAACCAGGUGCAUGUUGUCAGUCAGUAACCAGGUGCACGCUGUCAGUCAGUAACCAGGUGUAUGUUGUCAGUCAGUAACCAGGUGCAUGUUGUCAGUCAGUAACCAGGUGCAUGCUGUCAGUCAGUAACCAGGUGCACGCUGUCAGUCAGUAACCAGGUGCAUGCUGUCAGUCAGUAACCAGGUGUAUGUUGUCAGUCAGUAACCAGGUGCACGCUGUCAGUCAGUAACCAGUUGCAUGCUGUCAGUCAGUAACCAGGUGUACGCUGUCAGUCAGUAACCAGGUGCAUGCUGUCAGUCAGUAACCAGGUGCAUGCUGUCAGUCAGUAACCAGGUGCACGCUGUCAGUCAGUAACCAGGUGCACGCUGUCAGUCAGUAACCAGGUGUACGUUGUCAGUCAGUAACCAGGUGCACGCUGUCAGUCAGUAACCAGGUGCAUGCUGUCAGUCAGUAACCAGGUGCACGCUGUCAGUCAGUAACCAGGUGCAUGCUAUCAGUCAGUCAGUAACCAGGUGUACGCUGUCAGUCAGUAACCAGGUGCACGCUGUCAGUCAGUAACCAGGUGUAUGUUGUCAGUCAGUAACCAGGUGCAUGCUGUCAGUCAGUAACCAGGUGUACGCUGUCAGUCAGUAACCAGGUGUACGUUGUCAGUCAGUAACCAGGUGCACGCUGUCAGUCAGUAACCAGGUGCACGCUGUCAGUCAGUAACCAGGUGCAUGCUGUCAGUCAGUAACCAGGUGCAUGUUGUCAGUCAGUAACCAGGUGCACGCUGUCAGUCAGUAACCAGGUGCAUGCUGUCAGUCAGUAACCAGGUGCAUGCUGUCAGUCAGUAACCAGGUGCACGCUGUCAGUCAGUAACCAGGUGCAUGCUGUCAGUCAGUAACCAGGUGCAUGCUGUCAGUCAGUAACCAGGUGCAUGCUGUCAGUCAGUAACCAGGUGCACGCUGUCAGUCCGUAACCAGGUGCACGCUGUCAGUCAGUAACCAGGUGUAUGUUGUCAGUCAGUAACCAGGUGCAUGUUGUCAGUCAGUAACCAGGUGUAUGCUGUCAGUCAGUAACCAGGUGCACGCUGUCAGUCAGUAACUAGGUGCACGCUGUCAGUCAGUAACCAGGUGUAUGUUGUCAGUCCGUAACCAGAUGCAUGCUGUCAGUCAGUAACCAGGUGCACGCUGUCAGUCAGUAACCAGGUGCAUGCUGUCAGUCAGUAACCAGGUGCACGCUGUCAGUCAGUAACCAGGUGUACGCUGUCAGUCAGUAACCAGGUGUACACCGUAACCAGGUGCACGCUUUCAGUCCGUAACCAGGUGCACGCUUUCAGUCAGUAACCAGGUGCACGCUGUCAGUCAGUAACCAGGUGUACGCUGUCAGUCAGUAACCAGGUGCACGCUGUCAGUCAGUAACCAGGUGCACGCUGUCAGUCAGUAACCAGGUGCACGCUGUCAGUCAGUAACCAGGUGCACGCUGUCAGUCAGUAACCAGGUGCACGCUGUCAGUCAGUAACCAGGUGCACGCUGUCAGUCAGUAACCAGGUGCAUGCUGUCAGUCAGUAACCAGGUGCAUGCUGUCAGUCAGUAACCAGGUGCAUGCUUUCACUCAGUAACCAGGUGCAUGCUGUCAGUCAGUAACCAGGUGCACGCUGUCAGUCAGUAACCAGGUGCACGCUGUCAGUCAGUAACCAGGUGUAUGCUGUCAGUCAGUAACCAGGUGCAUGCUGUCAGUCCGUAACCAGGUGCACGCUUUCAGUCAGUAACCAGGUGCACGCUUGUCAGUCAGUAACCAGGUGCACGCUGUCAGUCAGUAACCAGGUGUAUGCUGUCAGUCAGUAACUAGGUGCACGCUGUCAGUCAGUAACUAGGUGCACGCUGUCAGUCAGUAACCAGGUGCACGCUCUCAGUCAGUAACCAGGUGUAUGUUGUCAGUCCGUAACCAGAUGCAUGCUGUCAGUCAGUAACCAGGUGUAUGCUGUCAGUCAGUAACCAGGUGCACGCUGUCAGUCAGUAACUAGGUGCACGCUGUCAGUCAGUAACCAGGUGUAUGUUGUCAGUCCGUAACCAGAUGCAUGCUGUCAGUCAGUAACCAGGUGCACGCUGUCAGUCAGUAACCAGGUGCAUGCUGUCAGUCAGUAACCAGGUGCAUGCUGUCAGUCAGUAACCAGGUGCACGCUGUCAGUCAGUAACCAGGUGCACGCUGUCAGUCAGUAACCAGGUGCACGCUGUCAGUCAGUAACCAGGUGCACGCUGUCAGUCAGUAACCAGGUGCACGCUGUCAGUCAGUAACCAGGUGUACGCUGUCAGUCAGUAACCAGGUGCACGCUGUCAGUCAGUAACCAGGUGCAUGCUGUCAGUCAGUAACCAGGUGCAUGCUGUCAGUCAGUAACCAGGUGCAUGCUGUCAGUCAGUAACCAGGUGUACGCUGUCAGUCAGUAACCAGGUGCACGCUGUCAGUCAGUAACCAGGUGCACGCUGUCAGUCAGUAACCAGGUGUACGCUGUCAGUCAGUAACCAGGUGUACAGUGUUGUCAGUCAACCAGGUGCACGCUUUCAGUCAGUAACCAGGUGCACGCUGUCAGUCAGUAACCAGGUGUACGCUGUCAGUCAGUAACCAGGUGCACGCUGUCAGUCAGUAACCAGGUGCACGCUGUCAGUCAGUAACCAGGUGCACGCUGUCAGUCAGUAACCAGGUGCACGCUGUCAGUCAGUAACCAGGUGCACGCUGUCAGUCAGUAACCAGGUGCACGCUGUCAGUCAGUAACCAGGUACGCGCUGUCAGUCAACAACAAGGUGCUGCGCUGUCAGUCCCAGUAACCAAGCGCUGUCAGUCAGUAACCAAUUGCAGCUUUCCGGUCAGUAACCAGGUACCGCUGUCGGUCAAAUUGCCGCUGUCAGUCAGUAACCAGGUGCACGCUGUCAGUCAGUAACCAGGUGCAUGCUGUCAGUCAGUAACCAGGUGCACGCUGUCAGUCAGUAACCAGGUGCACGCUGUCAGUCAGUAACCAGGUGCACGCUGUCAGUCAGUAACCAGGUGUACGCUGUCAGUAAGUAACCAGGUGCAUGCUGUCAGUCAGUAACCAGGUGCAUGCUUUCAGUCAGUAACCAGGUGCACGCUGUCAGUCAGUAACCAGGUGCAUGCUGUCAGUCAGUAACCAGGUGUACGCUGUCAGCCAUGAUUUCAUCUCAGACACUUUUUUUCCGUUUAAUAAUAUAUUAUCCCAAUGUGUACAAUGAACUUGAAAUAUGAUUGUUACAUAAUGUCCUCUCUCUUUUUAUCACUUUGGCUAAUUGCAUUAUAUUAUUAUGAAUUAUUUGUAUUGUUGUAUUAUUAUUAUUAAUAUCCCCUGUGUUCUCUGUAGGGUUACACAAUGUGUAUCUGUUAACGUUGAAAAGGAAGUAUGAGCUGAGGGUCGACCUCGGAGAUUUCGAGAAUAACACGGCCUAUGCCAAAUACAGCGACUUUGCUCUCUCUCCUAAAGCCAUUAACCCUGAGGAAGACGGAUAUGCUUUGUAUGUAGAGGGAUUUCAUGAUGGAGGAGCAGGUAUAUUGCACCACAGAACAUUGACUGUUUUUUAUUGUGAAAAAAAUACAAAUUGUUAUACAAGGGGCCUCCUGAGCCUGUCUUACAGACAGUCUGCAUCACUGUCUAUGAGAAAGGCUAAUUGAUUCUGCACUGCAAGCAUAUUUCUACCAGGAGGUGGCAGUAUUGCUCCUGUAGAAACCUGCAGUAACACAGAACCUCCAGUGUGUGGCACUCUAUCCUAAACAUGUUAAUAUUAUUAUUUAUUUGUUAUUUCUAUAGCACUAUCAGAUUCUGUAGCGCUGUUCAAUGGGUGGACUAACAGACAUGUAUUUUAUGCAGGGUAUUAAAUAGAGAUAUUUAUUAAUGUUAUUAUUACUAAUAGAUUAAGCAUAUUCCAUAGUUCUUUACGAUAUUUACAAAGGGGUUAUGACAGCAAAAAAAAAAAAAAAAGAACGUGAGGUUAACAAAGCCCUGCUCAAACCAGAAUAUAAAUGUACAUUCUAUAAAUAUUACUUUAUAUGAAAGAUUUUCCUAAUAUUGGACCAUAACUACCCCCGAUGAAUGACCCGUUACUUUGUGUUGAUGAGAUUUCAGGAAAUAAACCCUUAUAAUAAAGUUUGGAUUGCCAUAAGACGUUAUCAUUACCGUUAUGGACAAGCCUGUUAUUUAACCUGGCGGUUCCGUCUGUUGGUUGCACCCGAGAGGCUUCACGUUACUGAGAUACACAGAUUAAAGUUCAAAAAUAGGAUACAAAUUUUAGUUGUAUUCCGAAUGGUUCAAAUAUAAGGAGCUAACUUGAAUGAAAACACAAAUCAAAUAUGAAAUAUGCAACUUGGCAACAUUUGUUUCAAGAACACAUUCCUAAAACGUUAUAAAUAAUGGGGGUCCUAUUAUUUAACACUGUAGUGAUGUAAUGUCAAUAUGCCACAAUAUUAACUAUCCUGCAAUGGAUCUAAACUUGUCUGUCCGUAUAUCUGUCUAUCUAUUAGACUUCUGGAUUCAAACUAAUUGCAAUUUGUCAGAAUUUGGGGCGAACAGUGAGUCAUCCUUAUCGCUAAACCCCCCAAAUCUCCUCACGGACCAGACACAAAACAAACAAAAUUAGAACUGAGCAAGCCAUGCCAUGGAUUUGGAUUUCUGUGCGUGGCGCCAAAAAAAGAUGGCAGGCGACUGCCGUUAUGGCCUCGAUUGGAUAUUGUUGGAUAAAAUUUUCAAAUUAUUUGAUAUACUGUUGGAUAAACUUUUAGAACGUUUUUUUCAACAUAUUAAAAUAUAAUAUAUAUAUAUAUCAAAAGAUAUCAAAACUUUAAAAUAUUAAAAUAUGUUUCAUAAUAUCAAAUUAUUGUUAAAGUUUAUUAAAAAAUAUUAAAUCAUUUGUAAAUCUUAUCCAACUAUAUUAAACUGAGGGCUCUGUCUGACCCAAGGUGCAUGUUAUGAGUGAUCCUGUCUUUUACUAAAGGUAGGGAUAAUAUUUUUACGUAUUCUUUAUUUAAAAAAAUAUCAUUUCUGAUGCUGAUUAAAGCACAUUAAAUCCAGGCCUUAAUCUGUGAACCAAAUGAUGUGAAAAUGUGCUGCACAAUGUAUAUGUAAUAUUUACAUUAUGCUUGCUUGCACCCCACAGUGAUCCCACCAUGAGGCCCAAUCUGAUGGGAUGUCCGGAAUGGGGGUGAGGGUGGAGUGCCACUAUUGGUCAUCCAUUGCCAGCUUGCUAGGCGUGCAGAGUUUUAACACUAAUGGGCUGGAACCCUCCUUCCUAAUGAUGAAAUCAUAUUUACAGCAGAAAAAUGCAUUGUCUGCAUAUAAACAAAUUCAAAAAGUGCUCCGUGUGUGAAAAAGGUGCUUCUCAUGUAUAUAAACAGUAUGUGUAUUACUGCCGCUACUAAACUCUAGUGGGUCUCUCUCUCACCCACCUCUGAAAACAUGUAAAAUAAAGGGAUGAAAAUCAACCACCGGUAUUUCUCAAUGCUCACUGUAACGGAUCACCUGGCACCCCGACUGGGUACCUCCGUUGAAGGAUGCUCCUAGCCCUUCCUGAGGACUCCAAGCACUGCAGCAGACACCACAACCACCUAACCGGAGAAGCAUACUAAUGCUCUCAAGCAUAUGAAUGCUGUAAGCAGCUGAACUUGAAAAGCAUACAAUCAGCUUACACUCCUGGCAAUCAGCAUUUAAUCUAAUUCCCCCAAUAAAGAGACAACACUUCGUUUUGAGGUCAAGCAGCACUGACUGUACUGGCACAUACAGCUUCUUUUAUUCACAAUCCACAAACAUAGCACCGCCCACAGGGUUUUGAAAUACAACCAAUCAAUCCGUACAAUACACACAGACAUUUCCACACAAAAUCCUCCCCUCUGCCUGAACACAAUGGGUAAUAUAAUUAUCACAGGCAGAGAAAUACAGUAUUAUAAAACAUAUCACCGGGACCCCAAAACAUGCAAUAACCCCAUAAUCUCCUCUGAACCGGGGGAUCUGGGUGAACCACAUAUCCAAAAUUCACCCAGAUCCGUUCAGUAGUUUGGAAGAUACGGUUUAAUGCAGAUUCCGCAGAACAUAUACAGGCUAUAUGAAAAAUAAUUACUGUAUAAUGUGUCCCCUGUUGUAUAGUUUAAAACUACUGCACAAUGUCUUUGUGCACCAAAUACCGGCGAGAUGGCACCGUGUAGAAAAGUCCAAACAGUGUCUGUGAGUUAAAAUGGCCGCCAUCCAUUGUUCUCACCAUGUGCUUCAUCCAUUGUUCUCACCAUGUGCCUCUGAUACAUGAAAUGGUGGCCACCCAUUAACUCCACAGUUUAUCUGGUAGUCUAUCCAGCCAGACCAACAGAUGAAACACAUGGGGAACAGUGCAACAAACAAAGAGAAUCAUAAAAAAUAUGGACAAUAGUCAUAUUUGUGCACAAUCUCCAGUUUUGUCACAGGGCACAAAUAGGGUUUUCAGCAGCCCCCUCCAAGAACAUGUGGCGAGGUCUGUUCCGCCACACUCACCAUAGUGUUAAAAGGUUAUACAUCAGAGAAUUCUCUUUGUCUUUUCCUCAGCAGUAGAGUAUUGAAGAUCUACCUGUUUUACGACGGAUCACACUUACAACCAGCUCUCUAGUGCGGGUAUUCAAGGGGUUCACCACUUUAGAGAGCUGGCCUACAUUCAGGGAUUAGAGGGAUUACCUGCUCUGCUGCGCUUGUCCCAAUUUCCCCGAACAUAGACCUGCACUGGUGCGCAUGCUCCGUAGAGCAUCCUUACUUACCGACCAAUUUGUUUUACGAACGGAACCCAGUCGGUAAGUGAGGAGUGCCGAUACUUAAUAUCCCUUAUAAGGGCUAAGUGUGUGCAUUCUUGCACUUUUUAGCGCUCCACUCUGGAGGCAGGUGGCUGAUUUUUCAUCAUUAGCUUUCUUUAUUUGCACAUCUGCUCUGCAUGCCCAUCAUUACAGAUUCCAAGCACAAAAAUCAAAUUGCUGAAGUGGUCAUGCUGCUUGGAGUGACCCUUUAAAACACAUUGGAAUAAUUAUUAUUAUGAAAAAGUACCAAAACUAGCAACAAAAACAUAUAUAUUUAUACAAGGUUUGUUUUCUGAUCUCCCUGCUGAAAAGGUAUGUACAAAUAUUAACAUGUUUAGAAAGAGUGCAUGAUUGAAGAUAUAUUGACACAUUAAUACGUAAGACCAGAAAAAUCUACAGUAAUAACAUCAGACAUGUGCACUGCAUGGUUAGAGGAGAUACUGUCAUACACAAGACAAAAGGCACUAAAUCCAACAUGUCUUCCUUUUCUCAGGUGAUGCUUUGUCCUAUCACAAUGGCAUGAAGUUUUCUACGUAUGAUAGUGAUCGGGACACCUAUACCCAGAACUGUGCUGCCCUGUCUACUGGAGGCUUCUGGUUCAAAUCUUGCCACCAGGCCAACCUGAAUGGGCCAUAUCUAGGUGGUGUCCAUUUGUCCUACGCCAGUGGUGUCAUCUGGUUUCCUUGGAAGGGUUACUACUACUCUCUGAAGACCACAGAAAUGAAGAUACGUCGAGUGUGA